AAUUAGACUGCAAAAUUGACAAUUGGUGUGACUAAAAAGUAGGAUCAAUAGACCGCUUACUUGAGUUGGUCAAUCGCUUGAACUUUCUACCUAAACCGAUCAAUUGCUCCUUCCGAGUUCUAGUUGCGCCGCCUGUUCAAUCAAUUUUAUUUUCUCACCUCUGGGAUUUUGCCCCCCUAAGCACAAUUUGGGACUUCCCCACCUUCCGAGAUCCCCUCUCUCCUCUUCUUCCUGUUUCUCCAGCAAGCCACCAACUCUAAAGCCGAGAGCUCUCUCUCUCUCUCUCUCUCUCUCUCUCUCUCUCUCUCUCUCUCUCUCUCUCUCUCUCUCUCUCUAUUCAGUUCGAAUUUCCUUUCAGUGAUGGAGGAGAAGGACGAGCUUCUGAUUCUGUAUGCAUCCCAAACCGGCAAUGCCAUGGAUGCGGCAGAGCGUAUUGGCCGUGAAGCUGAGCGCAGGGGCUGCGGCGCCAUCGUUCUCUCCACGGAUGAGUUCGAUGUUAAUUCUUUACCUUACAAGAAUAUUGUCAUUUUUGUUGUAUCUACUACAGGACAGGGGGAUACCCCAGAUUCCAUGAAGGAAUUCUGGAGGUUUCUUUUGCAGAAAAAUUUAGGUCAGCACUGGCUGGAAAGAGUUAACUAUGCUAUAUUUGGAUUGGGUGAUUCUGGCUAUCAGAAAUAUAAUUUUGUUGCAAAGAAACUUGACAAUAGGCUUUCUGGUCUUGGGGCAACAGCAAUAAUUGAGAGAGGUCUGGGAGAUGAUCAGCACCCUUCAGGGUAUGAAGGUGCUCUAGAUCCUUGGAUGUCUUCUUUAUGGAAUAUGUUGAAUAAAUUGAAUCCGCAGUUCUUCCCACAUGGUGUGGAUAUUGUGAUUUCAGAUAAGAAAUUGAUUGAUCAACCCAAGGUUCGAAUCAUAUAUCAUGAUGCUGAAAAUUUGCAUUCGCAAUUGUUGACUUCUUCAGAUUUAAAGUAUAUUGAGAUGCAGAUUGAGAGGGCUCGCUGGAUGUCCCCAGGAAAAUUUAACAAGAAUAGGCCUGACUGCUUCUUGAGAAUGACAAAAAAUCAGCCAUUAACUAGAGCAGGCUGUGGAAAAGAUGUGCGGCACUUUGAAUUUGAAGCCAUUUCAUCAGCUAUUGAAUAUGAAGUUGGUGAUGUUCUUGAGAUUCUUCCAGAGCAGAAUCCUACUGCUGUAGAUGCUUUCAUAAAGCGUUGUAAUUUAAACCCAGAUUCACUCAUAUCAGUUCAUUCCAGAGAGGGAGAUUAUUGCCCUGACACUACUAUAAAUGCCCCAGAUGUGCCCCUCAAAUUAAGAACAUAUGUGGAAUUAACUAUGGAUGUUGCAUCGGCUUCCCCUAGGCGCUAUUUUUUUGAGGUUAUGAGUUUUUUUGCAACUGCUCAGCAUGAGAAGGAGAGGCUUCAAUAUUUUGCCUCACCAGAGGGAAGAGAUGAUCUAUACCAAUACAACCAGAAGGAUCGGAGAACUGUAUUGGAGGUAUUGGAAGAUUUCCCUUCUGUGCAAAUUCCAUUUGAAUGGCUGGUGCAACUGGUACCUCCACUAAAAACAAGGGCUUUCUCCAUUACUUCUUCUCAUUCAGCUCAUCCCAAUCAAGUGCACUUAACUGUGAACGUUGUAUCAUGGACAACUGCUUUCAAGAGGAAACGAACAGGUUUAUGCUCAAUGUGGCUGGCUGGACUUGAUCCACAACAAAGCAUGGGACUCUGUAUUCCUGCUUGGUUUCGUAAAGGUUCCCUUCCCUGCCCACCAGCAUCAGAUCCCCUCAUUCUCAUUGGACCUGGAACAGGUUGUGCCCCUUUCCGUGGAUUUGUGGAGGAGAGAGCCAUACAAAGUUUGUCUGGUUCAACAGGCCCAGUUCUUUUUUUCUUUGGAUGCCGAAAUGAGAAUGACUAUUUGUACAAAGACUUUUGGUUGUGCCAUUCAAAGAAUGACGGGGUUCUUUCAGGAGAAAAGGGUGGAGGCUUUUAUGUUGCCUUCUCAAGGGAUCAGCCACAGAAAAUCUAUGUGCAGCAUAAGAUGAAGGAACAUAGCCAACAUGUUUGGGAUUUGAUUAGUAAGGGGGCUUCCAUCUACGUAGCAGGUUCUUCAACCAAAAUGCCCGUAGAUGUUCUUUCAAUGCUAGAGGAAAUUAUAUCUAAAGAGGGUGGGGUUUCGAAGGAAUAUGCUGUACGGUGGCUUAGGACACUGGAAAAGGCUGGAAAAUACCAUGUUGAAGCAUGGUCUUGACCUUAACUGGAUUCUGAAUAAGGAAAAUCACAAAAAGGAAAAAAUGCUGCUCCGUGUGCGUGUACUGAAAUUUUAAUUUUUUCGGGUGAAUGGAAGUUUAGAUUGUGCAAGAGUGAUUCAAUGUACAGGAUGAAAUAAGCAGGGAAAUUGAAAUUUAGCCACAAAUGUUUUCUAUUAGUAGUCAGAAUAUUUGUUGGAUGGCAGCCUGAAUUUUCGAAUGUUUUGAGCUUCCUCCAAUGGGCUUGUAUCAACAAAAAAGCUCAACAUCUUGCAAGGGGGAGUCAAUAGAGAGGCAUCUUGUUAUGUCGGUCUGCUGUUGGGCGGGUGUGCAUUGUAUCGCAUGAUUGACGAGAGGAAGCAGAUCAUAGCCAAAGCGAUGCCUUCCUCCUAAUUUUGUUGAGGGAGCUUCGUGCACUGGAUGCGGUAUUUUGCAUUUGCAUCUUCUCAUCUUCCUGGCCCUUUUGGUUUGCCAUGGAGGCUUGGUGAGGCUUUGCGUGACAUCUUCCCUCGACUUAAAAUUUCUUGUCACGGAGGUGACAAAUCCCAUAUUUUUUUACUGCAGGAGAAGCUUAGAAAUGUCAAUGAGAUUUUUUAAAUCAGUGUUUCAAUGAAAGCAACAAUGUACGUGUCAAUAACGUUAAUAAUUAAAAAUAUGUUAUUGAAA